UAAAACCAGAAUCCGCCAAACCCCAAAACCAGCAGAGUACACAGAGCAUGGACAUAGCUGGAUUUCAAACAAGACGACGCAUAAAACUCCACCCUUUCCAAAUUACCUAAACUACCCUUCUCCCUCCCUCCCUCCCCUCUUUUCUUCUCCAAAAAUCCACAAUUCUUUUCCCUCUAAUUUCUUGUUUUCGGCAUCAAUGGAAAUGACAAAUGUGAAAUCUGUUGAUCAGGCGGUGGAGGGAAUUAUGAGAAUUCAUAGAUCUUUACCGACAAGACCAGGGAUCGAAGAAGUAGAAGCUUCAAAGACAUUGAUUCGGAAUGUCGACAAAGAAGAACAAGCGAAACUGGAAGCGAUUUCGAAGCAGACAAGGAGCCCUGAUUUUCCUCAAGAGUUGUUCAUGAUCUUGCAAGAAAUGCAAAAGCAGUUGACGUUUUUUCAAAGCAGAGACCAAAAGAGGGAGGCAUUAAAAUUGCUUGAUCUUGAAAAUGUUCAUAACCUGUUCGAUGAAUUUAUUCAAAGAGCUUCCAAAUGUCUUUCUUCGCCUUCUUCUUCUUCUUCUCCCCCUUCUGUUUCUGGGUUUGACUUUUCUUCGAAUUAUACGAAUGGGGGCAGCAGUUCUUUUAAAGGGAGCGCUGCUGCGGGUUCCUUUUCCAUUGAUGGAUCAUCCAUGGCUACAUCGUCUGGAUUGUAUUAUGCAGAGAAAGAGCCGACGAGGAGUGCUGAAUUGUUUACUAGGGAUGAUAGUUAUGUGAAGAAAACGAAAUCUUCGUUUUACUCCGAUGGUAUUGGUGUCUCUUCUACGCCGCAUAUUGCGGACUCUACUUUAAAAGCUAGUUCAAUCAGUUCAAGUCAAGAUGGUGAGAAGUUGAGUCUAAUUAAGCUUGCGAGUUUAAUUGAAGUUUCUGCUAAAAAAGGAACACGGGAGCUUAAUCUCCAAAACAAGUUGAUGGAUCAAGUAGAUUGGCUACCGGAUUCGAUAGGCAAGCUGUCGAGUUUGGUUACGCUAGACUUGUCUGAUAAUAGGAUUGUGGCGUUGCCAGACACUAUUGGAGGUUUGUCAUCAUUGACGAAGUUGGAUUUGCAUGCCAAUAGAAUUGGUGAACUCCCAGGAUCUAUUGGAGAUCUUCUUAGUUUGGUUGUGCUGGAUGUGAGAGGUAACCAGUUAUCGUCCCUGCCUGCUACUUUUGGCAGAUUGGUACGACUUCAGGAGCUUGAUCUGAGCUCAAAUCGGCUCUCUUCGCUCCCUGAUACGAUAGGUUCACUUGUUAGUCUGAAAAAUUUAAAUGUGGAGACCAAUGAUAUUGAAGAAAUCCCAUAUACUAUUGGCAAAUGUUUGUCACUAAAGGAGCUUCGUGCAGACUAUAACAGACUCAAGGCACUGCCAGAAGCUGUUGGAAAGAUAGAGACUUUGGAGGUUCUAUCUGUUCGGUACAAUAACAUCAAACAGUUGCCUACAACAAUGUCAUCUCUAUUAAGCUUAAAGGAGCUUGAUGUAAGUUUCAAUGAGCUUGAGUCAGUGCCUGAGAGCUUGUGUUUUGCUAUCUCACUCGUCAAGAUGAAUAUAGGAAACAAUUUUGCUGAUAUGCAAUCCCUACCAAGGUCUAUCGGGAACCUUGAGAAUCUUGAAGAGCUGGAUAUUAGCAAUAACCAGAUACGUGUCCUUCCAGGCUCUUUUAGGAUGCUAACACGACUUCGUAUCUUACGUGUAGAAGAAAAUCCUUUGGAAGUACCACCAAGACAUAUAGCUGAAAAAGGUGCCCAGGCUGUUGUGCAAUACAUGGCCGAACUUGUUGAAAAGAGGGACAUCAAAGCCCAACCUGUAAAGCAGAAAAAGAGUUGGGCUCAAAUUUGCUUCUUUUCAAAGUCAAACAAAAGGAAGCGCAAUGGCAUAGACUAUGUGAAAACCUGAAUCACCUAACAUGAAACACAACAUGACCUUUAUGUUGGGUAAGUUUGAGAAUCAUCUUCAGUAUCAUGUCGAGAGGAGGGGGGCUGUUUGGCUGUGAUAAGAUUGAGUAGUUACUUCUAAGGCGGGUUUUGAUAAUUUCACACUGCAAAUUGUGCUUUUCUUAUUUCAUCUUGCAUUGAUAUUGCUGCUGAGUUUAAUUAAGUGGCAUGUUUACACCAUGACUGAUUGAAGCUCUUCUUCUCCGUCUUUGCUGAGGUUAUAGCGGUUUGCAAAGCAGAAAUGCCAGCGCGACAAAUCCACACAUCAAACAGGGGACUCAGUUCAUAAAACAUGAUUUUCACUCUUGAUCCUCAAAUUGCAGAUUUUCAUUAUUGUUUUGUUUCUAUUCUUGUCCUUUUCAUUUUAUUCCAUUUGUAUCUGAUGCCCUUGAACUGUAAGAGGUGUAUAAUUCAGCUGGCGGAUAGGAGGGCGAGGAAAAUACCAUGUUUUGUAUUCUUAAUUGUAUGAAGUUUGAUCUUUACCUCUACCACAUGUAAUAGAAUCUUUUUCUAUGUUUUAGAUUCAGUAGAAUUUAAAAUUUCUUUUGUCUAA